AUGUCCCGCGAGCUCGCCUCCGCGGCCAAGCGCGCGCUCGCUCGCGUGGUCCAAGGCAAGGCCCGUCGAGGCGUCUUCGCCGGGAAACACAUCAAAUUCGGGAACAUGGUGAGCGAGGACGGUGGGAACAAGACGCGCAGACGGUGGUCACCGAACGUACAGAAGAAGCGCGUGUACAGCGAACUCCUCGAGCGAAUGAUCCCGAUGCGCGUGACGACGAAGGCGCUGCGGUGCAUGGACAAAGCCGGUGGGUUAGACGAGUACAUCUUGAAAACGCGAGACGAUAAAUUGGCGAGCGAGUUCGCGAUCGCGCUCAAGGCGCAGUUGCGAGCGGCGUUGAGAGCGAAAGAGGCGAGCGGCGCGGCGACGGAGUCGGUGGUGGACUUCAGCGCCGGCGCCGGAGCGGCGUAA